CGGCUCACCAUAGCUCGCUCUCUUUUGCGUCUCUUUCUGCCUCAAUCCUAAUUUCCCCCAGCAUCAUCACUAGCCACCAUGCGUGAGAUUGUUCACAUCCAGACCGGCCAGUGCGGUAACCAAAUCGGUGCCGCCUUUUGGCAGACCAUCUCUGGCGAGCACGGCCUCGACAGCAAUGGUAUCUAUGGAGGCUCUUCCGAGCUCCAGCUGGAGCGCAUGAACGUCUAUUUCAACGAGGCCAACAACAACAAGUAUGUUCCUCGCGCUGUCCUCGUCGAUCUUGAGCCCGGUACCAUGGAUGCCGUCCGUGCCGGUCCUUUCGGUCAGCUCUUCCGACCCGACAACUUCAUCUUCGGCCAGUCCUCUGCCGGAAACAACUGGGCCAAGGGCCACUACACUGAGGGCGCUGAGCUCGUCGACAACGUCCUUGAUGUGAUCCGCCGUGAGGCCGAAGGCUGCGACUGCCUCCAGGGCUUUCAGAUCACACACUCCCUUGGUGGUGGUACCGGAUCCGGUAUGGGUACUCUUUUGAUCUCCAAGAUCCGCGAGGAAUUCCCCGACCGAAUGAUGGCCACCUUCUCCGUCGUGCCAUCCCCCAAGGUGUCCGACACCGUCGUUGAGCCCUACAACGCCACCCUCUCCGUCCACCAGCUGGUCGAGAACUCCGACGAGACCUUCUGCAUUGACAACGAGGCUCUCUACGACAUCUGCAUGCGCACCCUGAAGCUGUCCAACCCUGCUUACGGUGACCUGAACUACCUCGUCUCCGCCGUCAUGUCUGGCAUCACCACCUGUCUGCGAUUCCCCGGUCAGCUUAACUCUGAUCUGCGCAAGCUGGCUGUCAACAUGGUUCCUUUCCCUCGUCUCCACUUCUUCAUGGUCGGUUUCGCUCCCCUGACCAGCCCCGGUGCUCACUCGUUCCGUGCCGUCACCGUGCCGGAGCUCACCCAGCAGAUGUUCGACCCCAAGAACAUGAUGGCUGCUUCCGACUUCCGCAACGGUCGUUACCUGACCUGCUGCUCCAUCUUCCGUGGCAAGGUCGCCAUGAAGGAGGUUGAGGACCAGAUGCGAAACGUGCAGAACAAGAACUCCACCUACUUCGUUGAGUGGAUCCCCAACAACAUCCAGACUGCCCUUUGCGCCAUCCCUCCCCGUGGCCUGAAGAUGUCAUCCACCUUCAUCGGUAACUCCACCUCCAUCCAGGAGCUGUUCAAGCGUGUCGGUGAGCAGUUCAGCGCCAUGUUCCGUCGCAAGGCUUUCUUGCACUGGUACACUGGUGAGGGUAUGGACGAGAUGGAGUUCACUGAGGCCGAGUCCAACAUGAACGACUUGGUGUCUGAGUACCAGCAAUACCAGGAGGCUGGUAUUGACGAGGAGGAGGAGUACGAGGAGGAGGCCCCUGCUGAGCACGAGGAGUAAAUGCUCCCUUAGCACAAGCGGGCUUAUCUUUCUUUUUCACUUUAAAUUCUUGGGGGUGCAUUAUUCGUGUGUUACCCUUGAUUAACGCUGUAGGACUUGCCAUACGGGGGUCUGUUUAGAUGAUUGGACGACCAUUUUGAUAUCCACGCGCGAUAUGACUGUCGGUCAGAUGGCAAGUGUUUGCAAACCUAAUGAAAAUAAAACGAGUACGAUUACGGUACUGUAACGCAG